AAAAAACAUGAGUGUUUUCUCCUCUUUUCCUUCCUUCGCCUCUUCCCCUCUCCUCCCUCGGUCUGUCGUUCUUCUCCUCUCUCAGAGCCUCUCCCCUCUCGCUCUGUCCAUCCUAUCCCGUUUUCUCGUCUUUCCCCUCCGUCCCCUCUUCCCUCCGUCGCCUCUUCCCCUCUCCUCUCUCGGUCUCUCGAUCCUGUCCGCUCUCAGAGCCUCUCUCUCGCUCUCUCCAGCCUAUCUCGUUUUCUCUCCUCUUUCGCGUCCGUCGCCUCUUCCCCUCUCCUCUCUCGGUCUCUCGUUCCUCCCCUCUCUUGCUCUCUUGUUCUGUCGUUCCUCUCCUCUAUCGCUCUAUCUUCCUUCAGACGCAGGACCUCAGGCACCAUCUUCAACAGGAAAUUUCUGUUCUUCCCUCUUGGCUGCUCCUUUACUAAGGCAAUCAAACGGGGCCUGAAGAAAGAAAGAAAAAGGACUGGGAAAGGAAACAGAAGGAAGUCAUCAAGAGGGACUCCGGUGGAGUAGGGUCAACUGACGGUGCGAAGAGAGAGAGAGAAUGCACGGUAGACCGCGCAGGCCAUCGAAGGCGGCAGAUGCAGCGUCCAUUGCGAAGGCGGAACGCCUCCGCUCCCUCCAAGCCGACUUCCUGCGCUCUCAUCAGAACCAAAUUUAUACAAGGGAGGCUCUGGAGACGAGCUCAAAGCUCCUUCAGAUCAAUCCAGAAGCGUACACCGCCUGGAACUAUCGGAAGAUCGCCGUCAAUCGCUUGCUGGAAUCGGAAACCGACCAUGACAAAAUCAAAUCGAUCCUGGAUGAAGAACUGAGGGUGGUGGAGAACGCGCUUUGGCAGAAUCCCAAGUCUUACGGUGCGUGGCACCAUCGGAAAUGGGUGAUAAGCAAAGGGUUCUCAUCUCUUGAUCACGAAUUCAAGCUUUUGAAUGAAUUCUUGAAGAAGGAUACUCGCAAUUUUCAUGGAUGGAAUUAUCGAAGAUUUCUAGCGGCGUUGAAGAAUGCCACAUACGAGGAGGAGCUAGAAUAUAUGACGGAUAAAAUAAACAAAAGUAUUAGCAACUAUUCUGCAUGGCAUAACCGCAGUGUAAUUAAAUCUAAAUUGCUGAAGCAAGAGGCUGAGAGACACCUCUCCAAGGAGCAAACUUUAGCAGGAGAGUUUGAGCUUGUGGAUGGAGCUAUUUUCACAGACCCUGAUGAUCAAAGUGCGUGGUUUUAUCAUCUUUGGCUUCUGGAUGAAACAACUCAGUCUGAUAUUCCUAUUCUAACGGCUUCAUGGCCACCUCCUGGUUCAAAUCUGACGUUGGCUGCUGAUGGAGAAUUAGGUGUCUAUGUGUCUUCCCCCUACAAAUGUUUUUUCCCAAAGCAAGGAGAUUUUCCACUUCUCCUUCAUUUUAAUCAACCAGUUGAAAUGAUUAGUAACUCUGUUGUAACUGUAAAAUGUAUGGCUCUUAAGAAUGAAGAUCUUGUAUGGAGGCCGCUUUCAACUAGCAACAUGGAGAAGGCCAUCUCUUGGAUUACUUACUUGAGUUUCCCUGAUGAAUUUCUUAACAAUCAAAAUGUGUAUACUGUUGAAGUUUCUCUUAGACAUCCUCUUGGUGUGAUGUGCUCAGAAACUCAGUACAGCUCUCCUGCUCAAUUUGAGUUUACACUAAAUUUCCAGUCUAUUGAUAUCACGGGCAUCAAAAGUGAAUCAAGUAUUCAGAUGGUGAACUGGGAAGAUGAUCAAUUUCAUAAAAUUGGAAGUACUGAUGAACUUUUCACUCCUUUUGGUUUCCCUUUUGAUCAAAUAAGAGGUGGCACCUCUAUUCCAAUAACAUCAAAUUGGCAACGAAAUUCCUUGGAAAAUGAGAUCACAUGUUUCCACUGUCUGUCAUCAUCAUGUAAAAUUGGUAAGCUUACACUUGCACGGCUACUAAUGGCUCAUGAUGUGAUGGUUAAUGGGAUUCACUCCAAAAACCAGAUGACCCAUUCAGAGGAAGUUCUAGAACUCCUUGAUGAGUUGCAGCGAUCAGACACACCCCACACCAAACAUUACAAGGACCAACACAGCCUGGUAUUUCUUGAUCAGGUGACAUCAAAUAGAGAUGCUUUGACAAAGCAUUUCUGGCAUCAUAAAAGUUUAGCACGUUCAAAUCUUGAGCAGAAUGCGUGCCUACGUCUAAGCAAAUUGUCUAUAUCACAAAUUGGGUUCUUUGAGCGUUUAUCAUGGAUUCAGAUGCUAGAUCUUAGUCACAAUGAGCUCCAAAAUAUUGAAGGCCUGGAGGUCCUCCAACUUCUCACAUGCUUGAAUCUCAGCCAUAACAAGUUGAAAAGUUUCACAGCUCUAGAUCCGUUGAGACUGUUGAAGCUAUUGCGAGUGUUAGACAUAUCUAAUAAUGAGAUUGGUGCUCAUUCUAUUGACACUACAAGAUAUCUGUGUUGUUCCCCUCUAUCAAAUGGACGAGGAUGUGAAAUGAACAUGGAAGAGUUAGCAAACGACAAAUUGCAUGUGGUUCAUAGUUGGGAGCUCUUACUGAUGUUCAAGGAUUUACCUUUGAUACAAUUAGACAUGGCAGGAAAUCCAAGCUAUGAUGAGAAGUGCGAAAUGCUUCUGGAAAAAAUCAUCCCUUCGCUGAAAUGGCUUAAUGGUGUAUCAGUUAAUUGAUCCCCUGCUCCUAUAUGUUUGAUAAUCUUAUUUGGUUUAAUAUAAUUUAUAUUUUACAUUUUUAUAAUA